CUGCUGCUACUGCUGCUACUGCUGCUACUGCUGCUACUGCUGCUACUGCUGCUACUGCUGCUACUGCUGCUACUGCUGCUACUGCUGCUACUGCUGCUACUGCUGCUACUGCUGCUACUGCUGCUACUGCUUCUACUGCUGCUACUGCUGCUACUGCUGGUUAUUUAACUGUUUCAUUGAGCUACAGCUGGGGUUAG